AAGUGAACUUUAAAUUAUAUUACAUUAGGGAUAUCUCUGACGUCAUCUCGCUUAUAAAAACCGAUGACGCACCCACAAUUCUAUUUCUACUUUUGCUCAGCUCGUGCUUAGUUGCAUCUUGCAGACAGAAAAUGGAAAAAUAUUCUUUAAAGCCUUAUUUUCUCCAACCAAUCGGCCAGGUCGAACAUCUUCUUCAUGCUGACCUGAGCGUUUUUGGAUUGGAAAGAACUCCGCUUCCACCAAUUAAAGCCAAGGUCCAAGCUCAAAAAGCUUUACACCUGUAUUUUGAUGUUGCUACCAGCCGCCAUGAGGAGCCUGAGCGACCAGAAGUUUUGGGAAGUUCACCUAGACCUGCUACACCGGAGCCCGAGAAAGUGUUCAACCCAAGUCCCGAAAUUCAGGCAGAAUCCCUUGAGACAGCUGUACAGGAUGUACAGCUUAAGGAGAUACAUGGCAGAUCUUCAUCUUCUAUGGAUGCACUGUUGGAUCUUGAUGAGGAGCUGGAUGAACUUUUAAGAUGUUCACCAGCUACUCCAGAGCCUACAAAAGUCUUCAGCUUAAGUGCUCAAAUACAACAGGAGCCCCUUAAAUCAUACAAUGUCUCAGAGCAUAUGAAUUUACCUGAGAAAUCUUCAACUCCCACUAGGAAAAUGCUCGACCUUGAUUUGCUUGAUCAGGAGCUGGAUGAAUUAGAAUGUUUGGGAUGUUCAACUAAGCUUGGUACUCCAGAGCCUAAAAUAGUUGUGGAUUUACCUGGUGAAUCUUCAUCUCCGGCUGAUUUACUGCUCGAUGAUGAUGAUUCACUUGAUCGGGAGCUGGAAGAACUUUGUUCAUCGAAGUCUGCUACACCAGAGCCUACGAAGGUAUACAGCUCAAGAGAUAAAAUACACGCAGAAUCCCCUCAAUCAAGAGUGGACAUAGAGGUUGAGCAUACAAAUCCCCCUCCCACUGAUUCACCACCACAGCUUGAGGAUUCACUUCACCAGUCUCGAGCUCCCACUGGUAAACGCCGUCGGAAGUUAAAGACCAAACGUAAAGGCCAAGGUUGGAGAGAAAAACGGCAUCAGGAAGAAACCAUGACAGAAGAAACUUCCUCAUUUAGAGCUGCUGAAUGGCCAUCUGCCAACCCCCAAGGUUUAAUUUUGCCACAACACUUUUUGGAGAGCGUGAUCGAUGGCCUGCUUACCAAACUUCAAAGCACAUAUAACAUCAGUGUUCCUGGGAUCCACCUUUAUGAUGUUAUUUUCAACAAACUGGUUCAAGAACUGGGAAAUCUGGCAAGAGUUCAUGUUGUUAAAAACAUCCAACAGCUGUUUCACAAUGAAGAUGAGAUCGUUCUUCGGAUUGUAAAUGAAGUUCAUGCCAUUGUGAAAGAUAAGGGCUACUUGAGGGCAGCAUGGCAGGAUCAUGAAAUGUCAGUAAACUAUCUCACAACGGUUGUGUCUGCAGUCAUUCUUGACUACACGGUGCUUGGUGGGUGGAAUCAGAAGACUGACCAAACGGAAGAUUUCGCCAUCCCAGUUCAUCCAAACCUGACGGUGAAAGAAAAGUGCCGCAACUUCCUGUCUCGGAUGAGACAGUCCCUAAGAAUUGUCUUUUGUUUUAAAUGAAGGACCCGAGUAGGAGAACAGUAUUACGUUUUCUAGACCUCCUCUUUACUUAGAAUGUACUUAUCUCUUUUGUGCAUUUAAUUUUUAGUAAAUAUUUCUGUAUAUAGUUGUUUUCCUGUUCAAUAACAAAUACUUUUUGUGCAUUAACUGACUUGGUAAAGAGACCUCCUCUUUACUUAGAAUUUACUUAGUCUGAUCUCUUUUGUGCAUUUCAUUUUUUUUUUUGUAAAUAUUUCUG